CGUGGUUUGGGCAACAGUACGCUUUGCGACAACCGACGUGUGCAGACCAUUUCUGAAUAAGUUCUUCCCUUGCAAAUUUAUAAGAGACGAGAAAAUGUUCAAACUGGUGGCACUGCUUUUGUUCMUUAACGCCGUUGUAGGCAAAGUAACCGAAAAGCCUGAUGUCUUGGAUGCCGCAGAAGACACCGAAAUUCACUUGGUCCCAACACUGCAGGCCUCUUCGAUAAUCCAAGAACCCACAUUGGCCAAGGUGGCCGAUUUGAUUCACAGUGURCCCACCGCUGUUUCUCAUCAGAGUUCGACCAUAGUUCACGACCGCGCCAAUGUAGUCACGCCGAUURUAGCACCAGCAAUUAAGACACACAUCACUCCGGUUAUCAACUCGUACGUUUCGCCACUAGCACGUUCUUUUCCCAGCUUCUAUCCGUAUAGUUACUAUUAUGACUUCUAUCCUUAUACCUACAAGAGUAUCUACCAAGUAUAAAGCUGUAUCAUAAGAAAUUGACUAUUAUGACAUAAAAAUAAAUGCUUUUAAGAUGA